AAUCACCAUACCGAUAAAUUUCGAAUACAUAUACUCUCCUCUACGCGCAUAAUUCGUCGAAGUGUGUACAGCUAUCCAGCAUAUUCCAUCACCAUGGCCCCCAAAACAUUCUGCCUACUCGGAGGAACUGGUCCCGCCGGGCUUAUCUUCCUCGAAAAAGCCGUUGCGAAUGGACACCAUGUCCGUGUUUUCGCCAGGAACCCAUCGAAGAUACCAGAUAAGUGGCAGGACCAUGACCAAGUCUCGAUCAUCGAAGGCUACCUUUGGGACGAGGAUCUCUUGUCAACGGCUAUCAAAGGAUCCGACGCUGUUAUCUCUGUUCUCGGUCCAUCUGGUCUUCGUAUCGCGCCUGAUACGUUGGUUACGCCUUAUAAGCUCAUCAUCAAUCUCAUGCGCGAACACGGCGUAAAGCGUAUCUUCGUCAUGGGCACGCUCAGCAUCACGGAUCCGAAAGACAAGCCUUCCUUUCUCGUGCGUGCAAUGGUGUUCUUCAUAUGGCUUUUUGGUCGUCCGACGUGGACCGAGAUCAUCAACAUAGGCAAGACCUUUGACGAGGAAGCCAAGGAUCUGGAUUGGACCAUCUAUCGACUUGGUUUGGUUACGAACGGUCCGGAUGGAGAGGCUGCGACGACGUAUGUGGGUGAGAGCGACUUCGUUUCGUUUGUGUAUCGCAAUGAGUUGGCUGGGUGGUUGCUUGACCAGGCAGAGAAGACGGAGCCUGAGUUCGUUCAUGAGAAGCCUGCUGUGUGCUCGGCAGGGAAGAAGAAGGUGUAGACGGCAGUCCUCUAUGGAUUGGCCGUUGCGACUGCACGGAUCGAACGACUUUUGGUCGAUCAGGAAUCAGAUACCCUGCCUCAUUUCUCUACCUUCUCAGGAGUAGAUAUUUUCUACGAG